AUGAGGCGAAAGUUUUCAUUCGCCUCUCAUCAGAUUCGAUCAAGAGAAGAUCUAGAGUUAUUCACCAACCAUCCGGACGGAGGCGUGAUCGGAAUAUUUCCUGAAGAGGACGAAGAUACAGAAAGUUUUUACAGCCGUUCGUAUCACAAAAUAGUGGGCGCUCUGGCCGACGAUUAUCGUUUUGCUCAUGUGACUGAUCGAACACUGGCGAAAGAGCUAUUCAUGAAUAAAAAGUACCCAGAUGGACUUUGGAACAACAUAAUUCUUCAUCGUCCAAUUUACUUCAACAAUCCUUUUGAGGACACUUACAAAGUAUUCGAGGGAGACAAGCUUACUGCGGGAUUGAUAAGAACCUUCGUCAAAGAUCACCAGACCGGCCUCUGUCCAAUUCUAACUGUCGAUCAGUUUCAUGCUACAAGACCGCCUAUGGUAAUGUUCUAUUACCACUUCCACAUCGAGAAGGAUCCGAAAGGGAUGCGGUACUGGCGAAACCGAAUCAUGAAGGUUGCGCUUGAAUUCCCUGAUUUCCAAUUUGGAAUUGGUAAUGCGGAAGACUUUAAAGAUCUGCUGGAUGAUAGUCUCGGGGGGAAACCAGGGAAGGAUUCAGAUAAGGAAAACAAAUAUUGA